GUUCUUGUACCUUCCACCGUGGAUUUAUAUGUUAUACUCGAAUUUUACUAAAGAAAAAAAAUUUGAUGAAGCAAAAAGAACUUUGAAAUUGGACAACAAAGGCCGCUUUAUAUGUGAGUGGUGACGUCAGUGUACUGGAAUGUAAUUAAUACACAUGUAUCGUCAGAGAGGUAUUGUUCUGUCCAAACGUAAGCGAUGCUCACUUUAAAGCCGCCUAGCAGUUUUAUUUUCGUGAAGUGGCGAACCUUAACAACAACGUUGUCAGGGUUUGUCCGACGGGUGACGUCGUGAGAGGGGAGAUACGAAAAAAAAGCGGGGAUUCCACGACUUCCGCGAGGACCGCGAGAGAGAGGCUAGUUUUGUAACGAGUAUACUGUCAUCGGCAUCGGUCAUCGGUGUCUUCAAAAUAUUGCCGUUUUGUUCUCGUAUUUUGAACUCAACAAGAUACACGCAAUCACGAUGGAGGAGAUUCGAGUCAUGUGGUGCGACACGCUGGAGGAAUUGCUGCAGUGCCCCGUAUGCUUAGAAGCAUCACAGGGUGUAAAAGUCCAAUGCACAAACGGACAUCACAUUUGUAAUACGUGCAGAGUACAGCUGCAGAUGUGUCCUAUAUGUAAAUCUUCCUUUAUGGGAACAAGAAAUUUGGCGGUGGAACAAAUGUCGGCCAAAUUGCAGGAUAUAAAGUUAUCCCUGCUGCAUCCAUAUCAUGCGCUCAACAGAAGAAUCCUACACGAUAAAAUUUGCGUGGCCACUCAAACCGAUGAUAUUCAAAUGCCCUCAACUGCCUCUCAAACCGAGCCUGUGAAUCAAACUCAGUCAAUUAUCCCAAGAUACGAACAAAGGUCGAUGAUAAGUCUAGCGCCUAGAGUAGGAAAAGGAUCAUACCCAUGUUGUAUUGGCUCUUGUGUAAUGGAACUGCCACAUGGAAGAAUGAUCGGCCAUUUGCGAUAUCAUCAUAAGGAUGUAUUUUAUGAGUUUAACGCACAAAAUAAUAUAUUAAGAAAAAAUUGGGACCUGGAGUAUAUCUUGAAUCGGGAUUACGAUUUUGCUUUUCACAUCAGAGAGAUGGGCUUAUUCUUUUUGAACAUAAGCAUAAAUCAAAUGGGUGAUAUGUCGGCUUCUUUACAAAUUGCCAAUUGCAUCGCUGUAUGCAAACAAUUCACAUACACAUUUGAAGCUGUCGGGAGAGUUACUUCUUCCUUCAAUGGACUGGUAAGAUCAUGCAGAGUGCCAAAGAGGCAGUGUCUUUCGAAUGACUGUUUCCGCAUACGUGAGAUGAACCUGCGCCAAAUAGUUGAUAAUAAAAACUAUUUUCAUUGCAAUUUAACGAUAAAGCGUAGAGUUGAUUACAGGACAAACGCUUCGCAAAAUAACUUGAAUGCUUCUGACGACAUAGCGAUUAAUUAAAAAAAGUUAUGCAAUUUUUAAUAUUUAUCAUUUCUUGCACGAACACAGAAAACGAUAACAGUAAAAUGAUUAUUUGACUGGUUUCUCUGUAAAAGAUAUUUUUUGUAUAAAUGAUUGAAGUUUAUUUCUUAAUUCAGUAUAAAACAAACUUUUAAUUAUUCAUUAUGUUAACGAUGACUUUUUCACUAUCGAUAUGAUUCAAGCAAUUUAAACGUUUAUCGAAAUAAUAAUGUAUAUUUUUAGAUUUAGACCAUUUUGUGACUUACAUCAUUCAGUACUGCCUAAUUGAUAAACGAAAGAAGGGAUUGAGAAAAAGAGACAGAUUUUAUUGCGGAUUGCAGACACAGAUGCAAUCAGAUAUAGAUGUGCGACAAUUUUUUCAUCAAAUGUUUUUAGUAUUAAUAUUUCGUUAAUAAUCGCGGUUAGGCAGUUCUGUUUGGUAAAAGAAAAUAGGAAGGGAAAAAAGUAUUGCUUGCGUACAUAUUUUGCCUGGAACACUUCCUAUAUAUUUUUUCAGUAAAUUAAUAUCAGAAGUUUCGAUGUGGAAUAAAAAUUUUUAAGAACUUUAAUCGUGACGAAACGGAGAACUUCGUGACGUACGUGUGUGUGUGUGUAUUAUAGUCACGACGUAUGUGAUAUAACUUACAUAUAAUAUUACGGACAGAAAAGUUAUUAAUUGUGAUACUUCUAUAUACGAAAUAAAGUUAUUACGUUAAAAA